UUAUUCUUCGAGGCACGCCACGAGUUCCAUAUCUUUUUCAGCCAAGUUAAUGAGUGUGGUCGAUCAUGGCAGCCUCGUUGAGUGGCAAAACCUCGUUCUUGCAUCUUUGUUCAUACUGUUUCUUCGUUUUCCUCUCAAUGCAGGUUGAAGCUAUCGUCCCAGGCCUUUCGUCCAACCGGACGCGGAGUUUACUGCAAACUUUGAGCACAGGCAACGCUAUAGACGAUUGCCGAAAAAGUGCCGUCGACUGGAACAGCGAUCGAAUGCACAUGGCCGGCUGUGGAAUCGGGUUUGGCAGCGGUGCCUUCGGCGGAGCUAACGGGAACUACUACACGGUGACAGACCCGAGCGACGAUCCACUGAAUCCACAGCCGGGAACGCUCCGCUACGCAGUGAUCCAGGAAGAGCCGGUGUGGAUUGUCUUCCAGAGCGACAUGACCAUCACUCUCCGGAACGAGCUCGUAGUCAACAGCCACAAAACUUUAGAUGGACGAGGAGCAAGCGUUCACAUCGCCCACGGCGCAUGCAUCACGAUCUUCCGGGCUAGCCGCGUGAUCAUCCACGGCCUAAACAUCCAUCACUGCGUCACGACCGAGGGAGGAUGGGUGGCGACCAAGCCGGGCCACUUAAGUCACCGGGGCCGAGCCGACGGCGAUGGGAUCCGGGUCUUUGAGUCGCACCACGUCUGGAUCGACCACAACAGCUUCUGGGAGUGUCACGACGGCCUCGUCGACGUUCUUCACGGCUCAAACUUCAUCACCAUCUCCAACAAUCACUUCCACGACCACGACAAGGUGAUGCUUCUGGGCCAUGCUGACGAGUCGGAGCUCGACCAUGAUAUGAAGAUCACGGUGGUUUACAACAGGUUUGGACCCAGAUGCGUGCAGCGAAUGCCCAGAUGCCGGUUUGGAUACUUCCAUGUAGCAGACAAUGACUACCACGCCUGGGAGAUGUAUGCGAUCGGUGGUAGCGCUCAUCCCACGAUUAUCAGUCAAGGAAACCGCUUCCUUGCCUCGGACAACCGAGACGCAAAGGAAAUCACCAAGCGCGUCGGCCACGCCGGGGAUUGGAUCUCCAUCGACGACGUGUUCCUGAAUGGAGCGUUCUUCGUGGAGUCGGGGAGGGGAGACUUGAUCUCCAGAUACACCCCCGAGCAACAAUUCGAAGUGAAAUCUGGAAGCCAAGUUACGGCGAUGACCGCCGAGGUAGGAGUUCUAAAGUGCCAAUCCAGUCUCGCAACUUGCUAAAGUUCUUCCUAGUGGAAAGCCAAGGUAGAAACGAUAUAGAAGUCGAGUGAUUGAAAUAACCAAAACUUUCUUUCAAAGGCACAUCAUACUUUCCUCUA